AAGAAAACUUCCGGAGGAGGUGAAGAGGUGUGAAAAGGUGAAGCCACAAUCUGAUAACAAAGAAGAUGUUCACUGUAGCUUUCUCACAUCACAGUAGGAACAAAUUAGAUUGAUUGUUGUAGUCUACUUGGUAACCAUGUCGCACGAACUCGCUUUUCGUUGUCGCGUCACCUCCAUUAUGGAAGCUUUGACAGCAACAGUCGUGCAAGAAAUCUGUCAAUUUAUGGGAGAAAGCUAUGCUGCUCUUCGAGUGGAAAUGUUGCAAGAACAAAAUAAAAAAGAGACAAGGAUGGAGAAGCCAGCGAACUGCCCCAAUAACUUUUCAAAACCUGUUUGCCCACCAAGUUUGGGAAACUUUCCAAUCGUGGGGCAGAUCCUGAAUAAACAAGAGGCCAACUAUCAUUGGCUAGAAGACGGUGCUGUUUUUGAAGGCCUAGCAUCACCGGUGCCAGAGACGGAGAGACAAGAGCCAUCACAGCCCCCUGGUCAGAUUACAGACACGGUACCAUGGCCAGUAUGGCUCAUCAAACAGGAGGAAAUGGCUGAUGAUGAUUUGGAAUCGGAAGGUUACGGCGAGUGGAUUCCAGAGACUCCCAAGGCAAGCCAGAAUAUCACAGGAGAAAGUGAUGAGGAAGAGAGAAGUCAAGCCUCUGGGGCAUCCAGAGAACUUGGACUCGACGACUUCAAGAGAGAACAGAGUCCAUUGCUGGUGUCAGCUGAGGAUGCUGUGACACCCAUAAAGACAAAGUAUAAAGCACGCAUGUUAGAACACACUGGGAAGCCACGUUUCCGCUGCAAUGUCUGCGGUGAGAAAUUCCAGUGUCAGAGUGGCUUGACCAGGCACCAGCGGCACAAACACAACACCGUGAAAACCUACAGUUGCACUGUGUGUGGGAAAGGGUUCACCUACAUCAAAUCUCUCAACACGCAUGAGCUCACGCACUCUGAUGUCUCUAUCAGUUCAACUAUAACUCUGGAUGAAGCCAAGGCAAGGAAAAGAGGUCUGACUGAUGAACCCACAGACAGAAAUGCAGCAAGAGAUAUGAUCAGUGCCAUCCUUCACUCAAAGCCAGGUGGAGAAAAGGUGUUCCAGGAGUAUGGGAAAACCAAAGGUCUUACGGAUAGCACACGGAGACUGAUGGUGAACAUUAUUGUGGCCGACAUGAUGGAAAAUCAUGGUAGGAUCCCCCCAUCAAGUGUCCGCACCAACUACGCCCUGGGGAUUGUGACUUUAUUCCCCUACUUGAAUGAUCCAGAUUCAGAGCAUGGUUAUGAACAAUAUUAUGACGCAGCUAGUGGGUCUGGUUAUCUGACCUGGAGAAUAAAGACAGUGGGGCGCAACAAAUCAUGUAAGACCAAGAGGAGAACCAAGUCCACCUAUCAAAAUGGUCCAAAGGCUCAACACAGUUCCCCUUCAGCUGUUGAGGAACUGUUAGGUGAUGAAUGCAAAGAUGAACAAGUGUCCAUGUCUGAGGUCUUGAUCUGCUCAGUUGGGUCUGAUUCCUCUGGAUCAGCUUUAACUCUGGAAAAAUCCAAGGCACGAAAAAGACGUCUGACUGAUGAACCUACAGACCGAAAUGCGGCAAGAGAUAUGAUCAGUGCCAUCCUUCACUCAAAGCCAGGUGGAGAAAAGGUGUUCCAGGAGUAUGGGAAAAUCAAAGGUCUUACGGAUAGCACACGGAGACUGAUGGUGAACAUUAUUGUGGCCGACAUGAUGGAAAAUCAUGGGAGGAUCCCCCCAUCAAGUGUCCGCACCAACUACGCCCUGGGGAUUGUGACUUUAUUCCCCUACUUGAAUGAUCCAGAUUCAGAGCAUGGCUAUGAAAAAUAUUACGAUGCAGCUAGUGGAUCUGGUUACCUGGCCUGGAGAAUAAAGACAGUGGGGCGCAACACGUCAUGUAAGACCAAGAAGAGAACCAAGCCCACCUAUCAAAAUGGUCCCAAGGCUCAGCGAAGUUGCCCUUCAGCUGUUGAGCAACUUUCGGGGGAUGAAUGCAGAGAGGCGAUAUCUGUGCUUCAGCAUACAACAACUAAUGAGUCACUGGUUCGAGAGAAGAUGAUGGCGACGUUCCAAUACAGACAGCAGGUGGUUCAUGAUCCGGGGAAGUCCUCAACUGUCCUAGAUGUCUUCCCCAGAUUCCUUGACACUACAGGCUUGAUCAACCAAGAUUUCACCAGACUUUUCGGAGAGGUGGUUUCUGGGACAUUUAUAGCAAAGUGGCCAACAUUUUUCAAACCCAGGGUCAUCGCAGAUUGCAAAACCCUUCCCUUCAGCGAACCUGUGGAAGACCUCCUCUCAUCUGCUCAGCAGGAAUCCAAUGAUUAUGGAUGGGAGAGUGACUUGGCAGCCAUUUUGUUGCUUCUGCAUCUCCUACCCCCGACCUCAAAGGGCCCAAAGACCGCAAAGAUCCGUACCUCUCAAGCUGCUGACCAUCUGGUUAGAUUUAUGAAGGUAGGGACAAGUAUGGUGACCUUCCUUGAGACAGUUGGAUAUGAGCAGCAGCCCUUCCUCCUCUGUGUCGGUGAAAGGAAGAACAGCCUUCAGAAGUUUUACAUCGUCGUUGACCAGAAGGCCAUCCCGUGCAAGGCCCAAACAUCAGUGGCAGCUUUUGACGAGCUCUUUAAGGCACACUAUGUCUUCAGUGUGUCCUACCAUGAAGCGUUGUGUAACUUCUACACAUUCAUCCAGACCACCGUGUACGGUAUCGACGUGGGGAAGGCAAAGGAGUCCUCAAGAGUCAAGGAGAUUAGAGUAAGGUUGCUUAACAAAGACCAGGGGAGUGGUGCCGCCGGAGCACAAGGGAGGAGUGGUGCCGCCGGAGCACAAGGGAGCGGUGCUCCCGCCCUUUUUGCAAUUUGAGAAUAUAAGUUAGUAGUUGAAUAGAAUAGAGCAGUAUCACCAUCUGCUCUAUUUCGCUCCUGAAACAGUAACUCAAGAAGAUCUAAGUGCGUAUCCCCAUGAAGCUGAUUGAGAUCAAAAAAAAUAUUUAUUUAUUUUUACCUUUAUUUAAGUAGUCAAGUCAGUUAAGAACAAAUUCUUAUUUUCAAUGAAGGCCUAGUGGGUUAACUGCCUGUUCAGGGGCAGAAUGACAGAUUUGUACCUUGUCAGCUCGGGGGUUUGAACUUGCAACCUUCCGGUUACUAGUCCAACGCUCUAACCACUAGGCUACCCUGCCGCCCCAUGAUUGUCAUGCAGAUGCAGUUUGGACAUUUCACCGGUAAAACUCAAAUAAUUAUCGUUCACCAAUGACACUGAUGGCCUAUUUGUAAAUUAGAUACCCUCAAAUACCAAGUUCGGUAUAUUACAUUUUAGUGAGAGAGUGUGAGCAUAGGGCAGAUGUUGCAGUUGGAGAAUGCAUUUUGUGCAUUAGGUUACAUAUGUCAGUACAAACUUUGAUUGUAAAAUUAUGUAAUUCACUUUUUGGGGGUUGGCUCCCGCACCUAACAAAAACAAACGGCACUAUACCACUUACAUAGAUAUGUGAAUUGAGAUGUGUUUACUUGUUUUAUUUGUAAAAUACACUACAGCAGUUGUGUAUUGCUUUUUUGACAAGUUUCAUCAUGGUUUGUCAAUAAAACGUAAUUCAAUCUGGACAGCAAUUGUUGUAGAUGAUAAUAAUAAAUCAGUCAAUUGAAAUACA